GUUUAAAAGCUGGAAGCCCCCAAAAGCAUUCCAAAUCUCACUUCUCUUUUGCAUGCCGCGGCAGGAAGCCUGAAAACGCUUUUGAAACACAAACAAUGAUCCAAGACCACCAAUGAGUGCUACUGAGAAUGAUUACUUCACGGGUUCUUUCGCGACCUCAUCUCCCCGUUCUUCUGCGCUUCCCCGCUACGACGAGACCAAUCAGUCUCCAGUACCAAUGCCAACCGGAUAUGGGAACUCAGCCAUCCUGAUAGUCGUUGUCUUUCUAAUUGCCAUUGCCGCUUCCAUAACCAUGGGUAUUAUUCUGUUCUUUUCGCGUCAACGCAAACUUGAGAAUGUAGAAUACAAAGCCACAGCAGAAGAUCGCACUGAAGCUUCCGAUGCUUCCAUUGCUGCCGACAUGGUGGACCAUGCCUUGAUUGUCACGGAAUGGAAGCCAGCGAAGCGACGGAUCUGCAAAGGUCGACCCAUCGGUAUCGAAAGCGAGACAAUUGACUUGGGAUCUACUAGUAUCGAGUCGAAGAGACCAAAUUUUGUUACGACGCUCUUUGAAGAGUCUCGGGGCUUUGGUACCUUUGUGGGCACCGACGAUACCUGUAGUAUGGGGAGUCACGACGAAGAGGACGACGAUCUGGACGGUAUAAUCGGCCACUCAGUAGAUCUAGUUCGUGCUGGGGUAUUCAAGCGAACGUUUGAACUCAUGAAGACUCAGUCUCGUUGCGUUCUCUGCAGUGUUUGCUAUGAGGUGGGGGACAAGGUUUCUGUUUCCAAUAAUCCAACUUGUGAUCACCAGUAUCACCAGGCCUGCAUCCUUCGCUGGCUCAAACGAAAGUCAGUCUUGUGCCCUGUCUGCAAGGAACCGUACAUUGAACAACAUUGCGGGCUCGGGGUGGCCAACCGCAUCGAGUCAAGUAUUCUGCUCUAAUAAUAAACGCUCGAGCUAGCUAGCUACAACUUCACGUACGAAGCAAGGGGUGCAGCCCCAAAAUGCUAAACCAAGCUAUCGAUCCAGGAGGAGCUCGAUUCG